AUGGCCUCGAGCUCACACCGCCCGUGCGGCAAGCCGCAGCGGACUCGCCACCUGGCCCGCUCCUUCUUGCCACUGCUCUUGCUCCUGGCCACUCUGUCCUGCCUCGUCCUCUCCGCCGUCAGCAUCAAUGCCCAAGGCACCCCCGCUCUCUUCAAGGCCUCGACCGAUCCAGAUGCAAGAGGCGCACAGUUCCUCCAGCAGGUCCUUACCGCACCGCAGAAGUCCAGGCAGCACCAGCAGCACACCUCGCCCUUCGCCUCCACGUCCUCGUCGUCGGACAAGAGCGAGCUGUUCGCCUCGGAAGACAUCUGCAAGCCUACCGGCAAGAUCGAAGACGCAUCCUGCGACUUUGAGACCGUCGAGACCAUCAACAGCCAAUUCUUCCGCCGCAUCGACGACCUCAGGAAGACCGACUUUUUCCGCUACUACAAGGUCGACCUCUUUAAAGAGUGCCCUUACUGGAACGAAAACGGCCUCUGUAUGAACCGCGCAUGCAGCGUCGAGACGUCCGACGAGUCCGAGAUCCCGGAAGAGUUCCGCUCGAAGCGGCUCAGCUCGGUCACCACUGCGGCGCCGUCCGAGGUCACGCCGGGCUCCUCGGACACGUCGUGCUCGUGCUCCUCGACCGAGUUCUGCCACCUCGACGACGAGAACUCGUCCGACGCCGUCUAUGUCGACCUCCUGAAGAAUCCGGAGCGCUUCACCGGCUACGCCGGGCCCAGCGCCAACCGCGUGUGGAAGUCGAUCUACGAGGAGAAUUGCUUCGAGGGCGUCAAGUUUGUCGAGCCGGCCCGGCCUCUGUCCUCGGGAGGCAGCGGGUUCAUCGACAAGAGCCUCCUGUCUGGCUCGUCGGCGCUUGGAGGGCCGGCGGGCCUCAGCAGCCUGAUGGCCUCGCUCCAAGCCCCCUCGGACAGCGGCGAGAACGAGCAAUGCCUCGAGAAGCGCGUUUUCUACCGCCUCAUCAGCGGGCUGCACGCCUCGAUCUCGAUCCACAUCUGCCACGAGUUCCUUGACCAGAAGACGGGCCAGUGGUCGCCCAACCUCGAGUGCUUCAUCACGCGCAUCGCCGAGCACCCGGAGCGGCUGCAGAACGUCUACUUUGACUACGUGCUGCUGAUGCGCGCGCUGUCGCGGCUGGGCGACUCGACCGAGGGCUUCUCGCUCGACUCGGGCGACCGGAUCACCGACCGGCAGACGAUUGAGCAGCUGGACCGCGUCAUCCACAACGCCCGCGAGUGCCCCAGCACGUUUGACGAGGCGCAGAUGUUUAGCGGCCAGACGCGCGAGUCGUUUGAGCUCAAGCAGCAGUUCCGCCAGCACUUCCGCAACGUGUCGAGCAUCAUGGACUGCGUCGGCUGCGACAAGUGCCGCCUGUGGGGCAAGCUCCAGGUCAACGGCAUCGGCACCGCGCUCAAGCUCCUCUUCAACGGCAACGAGGCCGGCGAGCGCAAGCCGGUGCGCCUGCAGAGGAGCGAGCUCGUGUCGCUCGUCAACGCCGCGCACCGCGUCGCAGAGAGCCUGCGCGCCGUCGAGACGUUCCGGGAAAUGUACCAGGAGCAGCGCAAGCUGGCCCUCGAGGCAAAGCGGCCGCAGUCGAACGCAUUUCCGGACACGAAGUCGAAGAGCGAGCAGGCCAGCUCUGUCGGUGCACCUCCGUCGGCCAUCGCCGGCUCGUCACCGAGCGCCAGCCCCGCACCGUCCAAGGAGGCAAAGGAGCGCACCCCUGCCGACCCGACGGCCGUCAAGCGACGCCAGAGCGGGCCGUCGUCUCCGGCCGGUAAGGGCGCCAACGCUCGGAAGGAACAGCAGCGACACCAGCAGCAGCAGCAGCACCCGGCCGACGCCACCGGAGAGGACGGCGCCUCGCCGCUCGCCAGGGCGCAGGCGUGGCUCAAGCUGGCACUCGACUGGCUGACAGUCCGGCUGGAGCGAGGUGUCGAGGGAUGCAGGCGAUCCGUCGACCACUGCCUCCAAGGACUCGGCAUCAGGUCGACGGUGACGGCACGUGGUAACGACGCCGCUCGCCAUCCCAGCAAGACGGAGCUGUGA